AUGGCCCGGAGCAGCUCGUCUCUCUCCAGAUGGACGCUAUUGCUCGCGUUGGUUGUCCUUCUCGGGUGUCUUGUUGUACCCGGAGUUACUGUGAAGCAUGAGAACUUCAAGAAAUGCUCUCAAUCGGGGUUUUGUAAGCGGAACCGAGCUUUUGCAGAUGACGUUUCCGCCCAAGGCGCGUCUUGGAUUUCACCAUAUGAACUCGAUCCCUCUUCAAUUCACUUCAAAGAUGGCCAAUUGCACGGGACAAUUCUCAAGUCCAUAUUUGCCAAUGAGAAAGUCAAGCUGCCACUUGUGAUUUCUUUCCUGGAGUCAGGAGCUACGCGCAUCGUGGUCGACGAAGAGAAGCGGAUGAAGGGCGAAAUUGACCUCCGACACAACAGCCAAGUGCGCAAAGAGCGAUACAACGAAGCAGAGCAAUGGGCGCUGGUGGGUGGUUUGGAAUCGAGCAAAACUGCCGCUGUGGACACAGAAUCCGAGACUGGAUUCACAAAGGUACUGUACGGGCCGGAUAACAAGUUUCAGGCGAUCAUUCGCCAUGCGCCGUUCAGCGUCGAUUUUCAACGCGAUGGCCAGAGCCAUGUCCAAGUGAAUCACAAGGGCUACCUCAACGUGGAACACUGGCGGCCAAAGGUGGAUGUGGCAGAGGGUGAUAGUGUUCAGGAAAAAUCAGAAUCUCAGCAAGAUGAAAGCACUUGGUGGGAGGAAACUUUUGGUGGAAACACCGACUCCAAGCCAAAAGGUCCAGAAAGUAUCGGCCUGGACAUCACAUUCCCUGGCUACAGCCAUGUUUUUGGGAUUCCAGAGCAUGCCGACUCGAUGUCUCUGAAGGAAACUAGGGGCGGUGAUGGAAAUCAUGCGGAACCUUAUCGCAUGUACAAUGCGGACGUCUUUGAGUAUGAGCUCAACAGCCCCAUGACCCUCUAUGGCGCCAUUCCGUUCAUGCAGGCUCACAAGAAGGACUCUACUGUGGGUGUCUUCUGGCUCAACGCUGCGGAGACCUGGGUCGACAUCGUCAAGUCGAAAUCCUCGCCCAACCCUCUUUCUCUUGGAGUAGGUUCGAAGACAGACACUCAAACCCAUUGGUUUUCCGAGUCGGGACGUAUUGAUUUGUUUGUCUUCUUGGGCCCCACUCCGCAAGAGAUCAGCAAAACUUACGGUCAACUUACCGGCUACACUCAACUACCUCAACAGUUUGCUAUCGCUUACCACCAGUGUCGUUGGAACUAUGUCACGGACGAGGAUGUCAAGGAAGUUGAUCGCAAGUUUGACAAGUAUCAGAUCCCUUACGACGUGAUUUGGCUCGACAUUGAGUACACGGAUGACAGGAAGUACUUUACCUGGGACCCUCUGAGUUUUCCUGACCCAAAGGGUAUGGAAGAGCAGCUUGAUGACUCUGAGCGCAAACUCGUGGUGAUCAUUGAUCCGCACAUUAAAAACAAGGAGGGAUACCCCAUCUCUGAAGAGCUGAAGGGCAAGGAUCUAGCUACCAAGAAUAAGGACGGGGAGAUCUACGACGGCUGGUGUUGGCCUGGCUCAUCUCACUGGGUGGACUGCUUCAAUCCCGAAGCAAUCAAAUGGUGGACUGGUCUGUUCAAGUACGACAAAUUCAAGGGCACCCAGCCGAACGUCUUUAUUUGGAAUGACAUGAAUGAGCCCUCCGUCUUCAAUGGACCGGAGACCACUAUGCCCAAGGACAAUAUCCAUUAUGGCAACUGGGAACACCGCGACGUGCACAAUGUCAACGGACUGACCUUUGUCAACGCAACAUACAAUGCCUUGCUGGAGCGAAAGAAAGGCGUGGUUCGUAGACCCUUCGUCUUGACCCGAUCAUUCUACGCCGGGGCUCAACGGGUAUCUGCUAUGUGGACGGGAGACAAUCAAGCCACCUGGGAACACCUGGCCGCAUCCUUGCCUAUGGUAUUGAACAACGGCAUUGCCGGGUUCCCGUUUGCUGGUGCCGACGUUGGCGGGUUUUUCCAGAACCCAAGCAAGGAACUUUUGACCCGGUGGUAUCAGACCGGCAUUUGGUAUCCCUUUUUCCGUGCCCAUGCGCACAUUGACACUCGCAGACGAGAGCCCUACUUGAUCGCUGAGCCAUACAGGUCGAUCAUAUCCCAGGCUAUCCGUCUGAGAUAUCAACUGCUGCCUGCAUGGUACACUGCAUUCCAUGAAGCUUCCGUGAAUGGAAUGCCCAUUGUCCGGCCCCAGUAUUAUGUCCACCCGGCGGACGAACAAGGCUUUGCCAUCGAUGACCAACUCUACCUUGGAUCUACUGGCCUGCUGACCAAACCUGUGGUUGCGGAGGGUGCCACCACUACAGACAUCUACAUCGCUGACGAUGAGAAGUACUACGAUUAUUAUGAUUUUACUGUCUACCAAGGAGCGGGCAAGAGACAUACGGUGCCUGCCCCCAUUGAGAAGGUCCCGUUGUUGAUGCAGGGUGGUCAUAUUAUCCCUCGCAAGGACCGCGCACGUCGUAGCAGCGGGCUGAUGAGGUGGGAUCCUUAUACACUUGUGAUCGUCCUCGACAAGAACGGGAAGGCCGAAGGCACACUCUAUGUUGAUGAUGGGGAGACGUUCAACUACGAGCAGGGUGGAUACAUACACCGUCGCUUCAAAUUCGAAAAAUCUACCCUUUCGUCGGAAGACAUCGGAACCAAGGGUUCGAAGACAGCCGAGUACCUGAAGAGCAUGGCGAAUGUCCGGGUUGAAAAGGUGGUUGUUGUCGACGCUCCCAAGGAGUGGCAGGGAAGGGCGUCCGUGACUGUCAUCGAAGACGGUGCAAAGAUGGCUUCUACCGCACCCUUGGAGUAUCACGCCCAGCACGCAGGCAAGGCCGCGUAUGCUGUGGUGAAGAAACCCGAUGUUGGCAUUGGAAAGACAUGGAAGAUUGAAUUCUAG